GUAAAUCAUAUUCUCGGAGUGUGCUCCCAUAUGGAAAUAUGGACUUGUUGUUCCUCAGCAGGCGCAUUUUUUUAGGCGAUGGCAGCAAUGGCAAUCAGCUGCUCCACGGCGGCAUUAUUGUGAACACCGAGGGCACCAUUCAGCGCGUGCUCCGCAGCUCACACGAAGUGAACAGCUAUUUGUACCAAAACGAAUCGGAAGCAGUGUACGACUUUGGCGAGCUGGUGCUCAUGCCCGGCCUGAUCGACGCCAAUGUGCACAUCAAUGAGCCGGGCAGGAAGGAUUGGGAGGGCUUUACGGCGGCUACCAAGGCUGCAGCAGCAGGAGGUUAUACAACAAUCAUAGACAGGCCGACCAAUGCUACGCCCGCCACUACCACCGUACAGGCACUCAAGGCCAAGACGUCGACGGCACGCGGCAAAAUCUACGUAGAUGUGGGCUUCUGGGGUGGCUUGGUGCCGGACAACGGCAGUGAAUUGAAUCCACUAUUGGCCGCUGGCGUUAUGGGACUGCAAUGCACGCUUUGCGGCAGUGCGCCGCCCGUGGCUGAGGAGUUCGGGGCCAUGACCAUGGAACAGCUGACUGCAGCACUCAGGGAAGUAGAUGAAGGGGCAUUGCUAGCGUUUCAUGCGGAACUGCCAGUAUCUCCCGCCAUACCACCCGACGAAUCUGCACCCAAAUGCUACGAGAGCUUUCUGCGCACACGUCCACCACAUAUGGAGCAUGCUGCAGUAGAAAUGAUCUGUGAUUUGGCUCUGGCGCAUCCCAAACGACACUUCCACAUCAUGAACCUGAGCAGCAGUGGGAACCUGCCACUUAUACGCUCAUGUCAGCGCGAAGGGGCGCAACUGACAGCCGAAACAUGCCCGCAUUAUCUUACACUGUGUGCCGAGCAGGUCGAGGAUUGUCGCACAGAGUUCAAAACAUGGCCACCCAUACGAGAACGGGCCAAUCAAGCGUCUCUGUGGCAGGAACUGCAACGGGGGGGCGCUCUACAAAUAAUAUCCAGCGAUCAUUCGCCCGCUACGCCCGGAGCCCGCUGCCUCACCUAUGGACGCGAGCGGGGCAACUUCCUUAAGGCGUGGCCGGGCAUCUCCUCGCUGCAACUAUGUCUGCCCGCCAUCUGGAGCCGCGAGGAGCUGCAGCUGGCCGAUGUGCAUCGUCUGAUGUGCUGGCAGCCGGCACAGUUGUGCGGCCUUUCCUCGUUCAAGGGGCGCAUUGCCGAGGGCUACGAUGCAGACUUUUGCAUCUGGGCCCCUGACGAACAGUUCACCGUUAGUCCCGAAACACUCUACUCGGCGAACAAAGCGACCCCAUAUGCCGCACAGCGGCUCCGCGGGGUGGUGCAUGCUACAGUUGUACGUGGCCUGCACGUGUAUCAACAAUAUGAGGGCUUUGGCCAACCGCUGGGCAAAGUAUUGCUUCGCAAGAGCAGCAAAAAGGUGGUCAAGUUUGUGCGCGUUUGAGAGACAGGACGAUAGCAAGAUAAUAAAAAAAUAAAAAUAAAGAGCUGGCAGACGAAAUGAGAAAGCGAAGACACAAGUGGAGCAUAUACUCGUAACUUUGUUAAUUAAAAUCGCUGAAAGGCCCCUUGAUGACAAGCUGCGUGUUUGUGUUUCGUUCGACUUUCAGGAAAAAGCACACCUACAUGUUCGUACACUUACAAAAACAAAAAGGAACAUUGCAUUCAUUACAAUUUUGUUUUUUGGAAUACUAUAAAUUAUAAUAAAAGAACAUUUUCUAUUUUCUA